AUGGGCGAGUGCUGCGCCCUCCUGCGCGGCAGCCCCUGCGCCGCGGGCCUCCGCGGCAGCGGCCCGUGCGCGGCCGCCCUGCCCGCGGGCGGCUCGCUGGCGGGCGCCGCCCCGGCCGCCCCCGCCGCGGCAGCGGAGCUCGGGGCCAGCGUGGGGUUCAAGAACCACGUGAAGGUUCACACCUCCAUUGCAGACGUUAGAGAAGCCACCAUCAGCGACUCCGACCGUAGUUGCAACGCGGAGGCCGACGACCUUGCCAAAGCUGGAGCUAGCUUCCACGCGGCCAAGGAUAAUCAGAAGAGAUUCGUCAAGGGUGCCAGUAGAUUUCGCAAAUUGCUUCUCACUUACAUCGCGCAGUUUGAGGCUCUGUCUUUGGCUUUCUGCACCAGCUGCUGCAAGUACUCCGACACGGGCAGCCACAACCGCAGAGGGCUUGACCAUGCUGCUGUGGGCGGCUCGGAGGCAGCGGCAGAGUUCAAGACAAUACCAGGCGAGGCGGCCGUGUGGGCCGCGGUGUGCGAGCGGCUGGAGGGCGCUGCAGAGCUGCGCGCGCUGCUGGCCUGGCGGCGGUGGCUGGGGCCCCUGGAGGCGCACCUGCCCGACGGCCUGAGGCUUGACUGGGCGAGGCCCGCGUUCAUGAGCGACGUGCACGUGCGCUCGCUGGACGCUCUGAUGCGCCAGACGUGCCAGGAUUCGCAAUUCUUCUGCCCCUCCGACCGCGGCUGCUUCGGGCUGCUCGCCGUGCGCACAUCUGAGGGUGUGGUCGGCGCCUUUACCGACUUCCCGUGGCGGUCGCGGGCGAGUACCACGAGUUUCGGGCAGGCCUCCUCGGACUCAUUCCUGUUCUCGCUGGCGCACGACAAGGUGGGCGUGUAUCCGUGCAGGAGCUCCAGGCGAGCCUUGAUGCGGUUCUCCGGGAGCGCCCUGGAGCUGGGCCCCGAGGCGGCUCCAGCAGAGGAGGGCGCGACCUCCACCAGCGCCGCGCUCGCGCUGGAGGGCUCGCUCGCGCGGGUGCGGAGCUCGGCGUCGACCGCCUUCGGGAGCCCUGCCCUCGUGCCCCCCGCUGGAGGCCACGUCGCCGGCGUGGUCUCCCUGUCCUGGGCCCACCUCGAGGGGGAGUCCAUCGAGGAGAUGCAGAGGAUCGCGCACCAGCAGAACCAGAACACGUUCCUGCUGAACUUCAUCGGCUCGUCGGUCCGCAGCCAGAUGGCGGCGAAGGGGGGCAGCGCCUGGAGCUGA